AUGAAACUAGGCAUAGAAGAAGAAAAUACAACAAUGGGCGCUUCCCAUGCGGCAACUAGUAACAUACAUAAACUCGCCAUGGAAGAUGAUUUAGCAGGCUUCUCAUCUUGUUCAUCCAGCCCCAUCUCUCUGGGUGGCAGAGCUAUAGAUCGCUGCAAUCCCAUUAUCCGAGAUGCAGCCAGACUAGGCACAGUAGUGCCGCUUGCUACUAGUACCAGACCACCUACCUCUCCUCAAGUAAAUACCCUUCCUAAACACCGCAGCAAAAGUAUUAUACAAAACUUGACUGAUAUACAUCAGACCAAGAAGAAGACAACUACAACUACGGUAAAAUCUUGUUUGAAGAAAGGUAACAAGAUUACUAAUACUGCAGAUGGUGCUGACAAAAUGGUAAACAAGACUUGUAGAAAGGCUAUUGCAGGUAGUGAUGAGAAUAAUGUGAAUAGCACUAGUCCUGGUGAUUCGUCAAGGUACUUGUUGACGACCGGUAACCAUACGAAUUCAUUCUUAUACUCGCGUCAUUUUGAUCCCCUCUUGACUAUGGUGGAACAAUCUCCUUCAACCUCUUCUUCUUCGUCUCAACCAACCUUCUCUCCUCCUUCCCCUGCAGCUUCUGAUAAUCAGGUAGUAGUAUUACGAGUGUCCCUUCACUGCAAAGGAUGCGAAAGAAAAAUGAGAAAACAUAUCUCCAAAAUGAAAGGAGUGACAUCUUUCAACAUAGAUUUUGCAGCAAAGAAGUUGACAGUAGUUGGAGAGGUUACACCCCUAUCCGUACUGGCUAGUGUGUCCAAAGUGAAAAAAGCCCAAUUGUUGACACCACCACUGGUGUCCUCUACGCCUAUCCCUUCUUGCUCAAAUAUAUCAGCAGCAUUUAGCAAAGACAAGGCUAUUCUAGUAUGAAUCAUAAUAAUGAAAAGACAGAUGGGUGUUUAGUUUUCAUAAUUCUAGAUUGUUAAGUGCUUGAUUUAGCUAAAGGUCUAAAGCCCAGAGGAUCUUGAGUAUCCAAUCUCUCCUUUUCAAGAUGAGAAAAUUUACUUCUUCCAUAAAAAAUGAAGGUGUUGUAUUGAGUUAAUUAUAUGAUAUUAUGAAAAGUACUUUGAUUUGCUAGGC